AUGGCUUUGCCAAAUCCAUUUCAAAGUGCAACAUUACCGUCACCAGUUUUGAAUACAGCACCAAAGACCAUACAGAAUGAUACAACUAUUUUCCAUGGGUAUCGCAGUAGUUUCGAUAUCAAUCAACAGAAGCAGGAAUAUCAACAGCGAAUGAAUCAACAGGCACAGUAUCAGGCGAAAUUCAAUCGAAACAUUCAACAGCGGAAUAAUCGAAAUGAAAGGCCUGAUUAUGCUACCGAAACAAGAAAUUAUUGCGAAUUGUGUGAAUGUAAUUUCAAGUAUCCGCAACAAUUGCAAAAGCACGUGAAUGAGCAUGAAAAAUGUUGGUUUGACAAUUGCACGUUCGAAGGUAGUGCAAAGUUGUUGCAAAAUCACGUUGAAACGCAACAUCAAAGUGGAUUGUUCCAACGAAUUGGGCGAAUUGAAUCCGAAGAAGACAUUGAGAAAUGGCGUGAAGAACGACGUAAACGGUAUCCAACGAAGGCCAAUAUCGAAGCACGCCGUUUGGCACAAGAAGAGCGACUCAAACGAGGCGAACGUAUUCAAGAGCCAAAUCAUCGUUUCGGUAGCAUUCAAAAUCGGAGAAGCGCACAACACCGUACAUUCACACAAAAUGAUGAAAAACGGGCACAGAAAACGGGUGAUAAUAAAAAGAAAAACGAUAGAAAACGUCGUCGAACUCGAAACAAACAGAAUAAAGAUGAUAAAGACAAGACGACACCAAAUGACAAAAUUGUAGCAGCGAAAAGCGAUUCUGUGAAAUCCGAAGCGGCCACGGCUAUUGAACAGUGUCCGGCUUCAUCAAAAGAGAAAACAGUGCCAACCACAAAUGCACUGGCUACAAUUAUGGGCAUGUACGGUACGGAUUCAGACAGCAACUGUGACGAUGUCGACGAAGACGAUGCAGCAGCAGUAGCAACGAUGGCAACAACAGCAUCAACGGCAGCGACACUGUCUGAGAAUAAACAACCGGAUAACAAACAAGAAGAACACGUUUGUAACAUAACUGACAAUGUUACAGCAGCAAGUGAUCCAAUUUCAAAAGCUAUUGAAUCGAAUAAACACAGUGCUGCUUAUGUUGUUGCUGAUGAAUCGAUGGAAAAUCGCAAACGAUCUGCGUGCGUUGACGAUGAAUUACCAAUAAAACAAUUAAAAAUUGACUCAAGUGAGCAGAAUAAAUCAAUAGACCAUGGCAAAGAAAAUGAAUCGGACGAUGAUGCACCCGAAGAGCAGCCCAUUCAACGACAAAUUGACAAGAAGCAAGAGGGAUCCGAAGAUGGGUCUGGUCCAACUGAAAUACAGAAAAAGAAGAAAAAUGACACGAAAACAUUGACAAAUGACAGAAGUUUGAAGAAGAGGACCAUUUUGGAUAUGACCAGGAAAAUUCGAAAUCAAAAUACGCUUUUGGAGAAGUUGCUACAAAAAGAUAUUCGACAUGAACGAAACGUUUUAUUGCAAUGUGUUCGCUAUGUGGUUGAGAAGAACUUCUUUGAUAUUGGGCAAACGACAGUAAAGACAGAUGAAGAAAACAAUCGAAUUGAACAUUCUUAACAAAACCAAUCAGUGAACAAAACCGAUCAGUGUUGCAAUUUAAUAAAAAAAAAUGAGUUCUAUUAAAAAUAUAUUCGUUGAAUAAAAUUCAUUGAUAUGGUUAUUUACAAA